AUGUCAGCUCAAGACUACUACAGUGGCGGCGGAGGCAGUGGUGGUGGCUACAACCACCAGCAGCAGCAAGGCUAUGGACAACAACAAGGUUAUGGCCAACAACAGGGCGGUUAUCCUCAGCAGCAACAGUACUCGCAGGGCUCCAACUACGGCUCUCAACAGCCCAACUACGACAACCGUGACCAGUCAUACGGCCACCAGCAAGGUGGCCAAUACGGCGGUUCCAACGCCUACCCCGACGGCCCAGGUGGACCUGGCGGACCAGGAGGACCUGGAGGACCUGAUGGCGAGCGAGGACUGGGUGCUACACUCGCAGGAGGUGGUGCCGCCGGAUGGGCUGCCCACAGCGCUGGAAGUGGUCUUCUAGGCAGCCUUGCCAGUGCCGCUGCUGGAGCCAUCGGUGCAAACUUCAUCGAGCAUAAGUUCAAGAAGCACAAGAAGGAGAAGAACAAGAAGCAUCACCGAGACGGACGUCCUCGAGCUUACACAGGCGACUCAACCAGCAGCAGUGACUCCGACUCUGGUGAUGACCGACGCCGAAGUGACGAUCGCCGCCGACGUAGGGAUGAGGAUCUCGCCUAUGGCAAGUCACAGUAUGACAACCAAUCAAGCCAUGGAGGCUCCAGCCAUCACGGUGGUUCCUAUGGUGGCCAACAGGGUUAUGGUGGCCAGGGAUACGGAGGACAGGGUGGAUAUGGUGGCCGAUACUAA